AUGAUGAGCUCGGGCGCCUUCUACGCCGCCGCCGCCUCCGGAGACCGCCGCAACAGCGUACCGAACGACACAACCUCCGCAGCAGCCGGCGAUGGCCAGACCUACGAAAUUCCGCCGACCGCCGGCGGACAGUCCACCGUGGCGUACGGGCAGUCGACGACGCCCAGUAGUCUGGAGGGCAACAUGGCAGAGCUCCUUGAAGCUGCAGCGAAGGCGACGACCGAGUCGCAGCGGCACGCCGCGGCGCAGCAACAACAGCAGCAGCAGCAGCAGGCGGGAGGAGGUGCUGCGGGGUUGCGCAAGGUAGCGCGCGUCACGGACUUAAGGGGCACGGCCAUGCAGGAGGAGGCGCUAUCAGCCGUGGGGCAGAAGCGCAAGAGGGCCGUCACGCCUUCGGGCGUGGGCGAGGGCGGUAGCGAUAUCCAUGGUAUAGAGGAAGGAGAGGGACAGGAAGGUGGGCGCGCGGGGAGUCAGAGCCCGCGAAAGCGCGCGAGGCAGACGCCUACGACGGGAGUAGCGGAGAUGCAACACCAUGCGUCUUCAGCAGAUAUGCACCAUUACCACCACCACCAGCAGAGUCCAACGAUGAUCCACCACCAGCAGCACCAGCAGGAAGGUUUUGGACUCACGGAUGCAAGAGCUGUGGGCGUGCACUCGGCGGCAGCUCUCUUCCGGCAGCCAUCAGCUAGCAGCGCGGCGAAGAAGCACACACGACCGCCCAUGUCGAAGCUGUUCGCAUCGCUGCAGCUAACACCGGAGAACUUUCUGCGGCUGCAGGCGGCGGCCAAGACAUACAUGCUGGACGAGGCGCACCCCGAGCGACAGAGCUGCGUGGGUAGCAGGGGAAAGGGGGACACAGACAUGGUCAAGCUGCGGCUAUUCAACUGCUGCCGCGACUUUCUGAACGACGGCAUCGGCGAGCGCUUCUUCGGUCCGGAUGUGCCUGCGCCAACAGAGAACGAGGUGUUGGAGGGCGAGACGAUGCCGGGUCGGAAGUGGGUGUGGCCGCGCGACGGGAACAAGAUCGUCAGCCUGGUGACGCCGCUGCUGCGGCGGAUGGUGACUAAUGAGCGGCAGCGGCAGUACGCUCAGGAGACGCGGAAGGGAACGGGAAAGAAGACCAAGACCGACACUGCAUCUCGCGAUACUUCCUCACAAGACGCCGCGGCCGCUGUUGCUGCUGCUGCUGCCGCCGCCGCUGCCGCCGCUUCAGCUACCGCAACCACGCCAUCAUCCACAGCACCUUUCGAUGCCAGCCAUUCUCCACCUAAUCUAGCCAUCGACCCUUCAUUAAGCACGCCUCAACCUCCUCAGCCUCCCCUGACCCAUGCUCCGCCACCCAACCUACAAUCACAUUACCCAGCAGUCGCCCCUCCACAGCCGGCACCUUAUGGCCCUCCACCAACGCAGUACCCGCGCUUCCUGCAGACGCAGCCGGCACAAUCGAUAUACAGCACAGCGGUGCCGGCUGGUCCUCAUCCAACAGGGGCGAACAGUGACCAGGACCACCACCACCAACACUUCCACCAUCACCAUCAGCAGCAGCCUCCGCCAGACCAGAACGUGAUUCAGGUGCUUAUUACCAAGAACAACACCAAGCUCCUGCCACGCAUUGACAUGCCGUCCUGGCCUAGCACGCCGCACCACACCUUGCCGUUGGCAGACCUGCGGCGAGCCAUAGAGGAGGAGGUCAGGGGGUUGUUGAAGAGAGGAUUGGACCUGGGGAUCAGGCGGGCGUCUCCGACAAAAACGCCGACGAUGGCAACAACAGCCCCAGCCACGGCAAGCAGGGCCGGAGAAAAUGUCGCCCCUGCUACUACCGCUACAUCCUCUACCGUUGCAGAAACUCAACAGCCAGCCGAUGUUGAUAUGGGGGAGGCAGGCAGCGAUGAGCAGCAGCAGCAACAGCAACCAGACAUGGACCAGCAAAAGGAGGCGCCGCCAGUUAAAGAGGGCGUUGCAAACGAUGGCGACGGCUCCACCCUGCAGUCCCAACAACAGCAACGGCAGGCACUGGAAGACGAACCCGGUAUCGAUGACAUCACCCUCGAGAUCCGCGCGCUAACGGGCCGUGGCCUCGUCCUGAUAACCGGUGACGACGAGUGGCGCGCCGUUCUAGCCGAGGUUGGGCGCGCCGUGUGGAUGGAGGGCGUGUUGAGAGUCGUUGUGGAGGUCAUCUGA